CGCCGAUAAGAUUCCCAUUGCAAGAUUCCUCGAUAAAAUAUACAUCACAGAUAUCAAGAGCCAUCCCGCCCAUCGUCGACUUCUGCUCACACCAAAAAUGGCACCCACGAUCUACUGCGUGAGACACGCUCAAGGCUAUCACAAUCUCUGCGUGGAAAAUCACCACAUGCCAGAUCCAGACCUGACCGAACUUGGAGAAGAGCAAUGCCGUAACCUCCAAAAAAACUUCCCCCACCACGACAAGAUCGACCUAAUCGUAGCCUCACCCAUACGGCGAACCCUGCACACAGCGCUCCUGAGCUUCCACGACACAAUCCAGCGCAAAGGCCUCAAAGUCAUCGCCUUGUCAGAACUCCAGGAAACUUCCGACCUCCCCUGCGACACGGGCUCGGAAAAAUCCAAGCUCGAAAAAGAAUUCGCCAACCAACCCGUCGACCUUUCCCUCGUCCCCGAUGGCUGGAACUGCAAGCGAGGAAAAUGGUCACCCACAUCCCAAGCAAUCCAAGCCCGAGCACGCCAAGCACGCCAAUGGCUCAAAAGCCGUGAAGAGAAGAACAUCGUCGUCGUCACACACGGAGGCUUCCUACACUACUUCACAAAAGAUUGGGAUGCUUUUGAACAAAGCGCGGGCACCGGGUGGCAGAAUACGGAGUUUCGGUGGUUCUAUUUCAAGCAGGAACAUGACGAGAAGGAUGAGGAAGCUGAUGUGGAGGAGUGGCCGGAAAGUAAGGUGAGGAGGAGGGGACGGGGACAACAGGAUCGGGAGGAAGUAAGUAAUUUGCAGAGGACUGCGGCGGCGGGUGAGAAUGGUAGUAGUGCAUCGACGUCGACGAGACAGGCUGCUAUGGCUAUUAAUGCGCAGGCGGUGGAGGAGAGACCACAUGUUAUUCAGGCCAAGGUAUAGCGAUGAGCAUAUGUUUUGGCUCAAGGGCUGAUGCUUGAUACCGUAGCUAAAGGCGCUGGAGGAUAAAUGGAAGGACAAUCUGCGUAAGGCCAAAGCGUGAGUCCAAGCAAUCAAUCAUGCUCUGUGAUGGUGAAGGAAGGAAGCGCGCAGGCUAAGCGUAUGGGAAGGAGCUACGAACGCUUGCUUGAGGGGAGUUUUCCUGGGAAGGUAUAACAUAGCGCUGGGAGGUGACCUGGGAGCAUGGAGCAUAGAAUGAGACAUGAUAGAUGAUAGACAGAACAUCACGAUGGAAAAGAAUUACGAUCUGGG